UGGGAAAAGAUAUCCGUAUUACUUUUCUUUAGCAGGGUUCAGCGACAGAAGUACAAAUUGGGCCCAUGAGACUGACACAAGAUCCAAUUCAGGUUUUGCUGAUCUUUGCAAAAGAAGACAGCCAGAGUGAUGGUUUCUGGUGGGCUUGUGACAGAGCUGGAUACAGGUGCAAUAUUGCACGUACUCCAGAGUCAGCACUUGAAUGUUUUCUUGAUAAGCACCAGGAAAUAAUUGUUAUAGAUCACAGGAACUCCAGAUAUUUUGAUGCAGAAGAUAUCUGCAGAUCUAUUCGUGCCACAAAACCAUCAGAGCAUACUGUGAUACUUGCUGUGGUUCCACGCACAUCUGCUGACGAAGAAGAAACUUCUGUUCUUCCACUUCUUAAUGCAGGCUUUGAUAGGCAAUUCAAGGAGAAUAGCAGCAUAACUGCUUGUUACAAUGAACUGGUUCAAAUAGAACAUGGGGAAGUGCGAUCUCAGUUCAAAUUACGGGCUUGUAAUGCAGUGUUUACGGCAUUAGACCACUGUCAGGAAGCUAUUGAAAUAACCAGUGAAGAUCAUGUCAUUCAGUAUGUUAAUCCAGCUUUUGAACGGAUGAUGGGGUAUCACAAGGGAGAGCUUAUUGGCAAGGAACUUACUGAAUUACCAAAAAGUGAUAAAAACUGUGCAGAUCUCUUAGACAAUAUCAACACAUUUAUUAAAAAAGGAAAGGAAUGGCAAGGAGUUUACUAUGCAAGAAGAAAAACAGGAGACAGUAUCCAACAGCAUGUGAAGAUAACACCUGUGACUGGUCAAGGAGGGAAAAUAAGACACUUUGUGUCCCUCAAAAGGCUGCAUUGCACCAAUGAAAACAGCAAACAGCUCUACAAGAGUCACCGUGAUGAGAAGUAUACAGGAGACAGUUCUCAGUCAGAAUCCCGUUCCUUCAAAUGCAAGAACAGAAGGAAAGACUCUAUUGAUGUUAAGUCCAUAACAUCGCAAAGUAGUGAUGCAGCUCCAAGUUUACCAACCCGACGGUACUCUUCCAUGGCAAGGAUCCACUCAAUGACAAUAGAAGCUCCUAUUACAAAGGUUAUUAACAUAAUUAAUGCUGCCCAGGAAAACAGUCCCAUCACAGUAGCAGAGGCCUUGGACAGGGUUCUGGAAAUCCUGCGGACAACAGAACUUUACUCCCCUCAGCUAGGUACCAAAGAUGAAGAUCCUCACACAAGUGAUCUUGUUGGAGGUCUGAUGACUGAUGGCUUGAGAAGACUGUCAGGAAAUGAGUAUGUGUUUUCUAAGAAUGUGAACCUGAGCCAUAGUCACCUUUCAGUGCCAAACACCAUCAAUGAUGUUCCGCCCUGUAUUGCACAGCUCUUGGAUAAUGAGGAAAGCUGGGACUUCAAUAUUUUUGAGUUGGAGGCUGUUACAAAUAAAAGGCCAUUAGUGUAUUUGGGCUUAAAGAUUUUUGCCCGGUUUGGGGUUUCUGAGUUUUUAAACUGUUCGGAAGGAACACUGCGGGCGUGGCUGCAAAUGAUUGAAGCUAACUACCACUCCUCCAACUCAUACCACAACUCCACGCAUGCAGCAGAUGUCCUGCAUGCUACCGCCUUCUUUCUCAGGAAGGAAAGAGUCAAGGGAAGUCUUGACCACUUAGAUGAAGUAGCUGCGCUAAUAGCUGCCACCAUUCAUGAUGUAGACCACCCCGGACGGACCAACUCUUUCCUGUGCAAUGCGGGCAGCGAAUUAGCUGUCCUUUACAAUGAUACAGCUGUAUUAGAGAGUCAUCACACAGCACUGGCAUUUCAGCUUACAAUUAAAGACAGCAAAUGCAACAUUUUCAAGAACAUUGAUAGAAAUCGCUAUCGGACAUUGCGCCAGGCCAUCAUUGAUAUGGUUCUGGCCACGGAGAUGACGAAGCACUUCGAGCAUGUGAACAAGUUUGUGAACAGUAUCAACAAGCCAAUGGCAUCUGAGGAGACCAGUUCACACAGUGAAGGCAGUGACUGUGAAUGUACAGCCAAUAUAAAGAAUUUUCCAGAUAACCAGACACUGAUCAAGCGCAUGAUGAUCAAAUGCGCGGACGUAGCAAAUCCGUGUCGCCCCCUAGAGCUGUGUAUCGAAUGGGCAGGGAGGAUUUCAGAGGAGUAUUUUGCACAGACUGAUGAAGAGAAGAAACAGGGUCUGCCUGUUGUAAUGCCAGUAUUUGAUAGAAACACCUGCAGCAUCCCCAAGUCUCAAAUUUCCUUCAUUGAUUAUUUUAUAACAGAUAUGUUUGAUGCAUGGGAUGCAUUUGCACAUCUGCCUGUUUUGAUGCAACACUUGACUAAUAACUACAAACACUGGAAAACACUGGAUGAAUUAAAGUGCAAGAGUAUCAGGCUCCCAUCAGAAAACAACAACUGACACUAAACCAAGGAAACCAGACCUCUUGAUCUACCAGUUUCACUGUGAAUCACUACAGACGUGGAUACAAGAGGGGUGGUGUUACCUUUCCAGUGAAAUUGAGACUUUCUGGCAAGAAGGAAAUAUUUUAUUCACUCACUUCUAAGCUUCUCUGAAUCCUAAAGAAAAAUGUUUUCAAGGCGACUACAUAAUCCACAGAUUAAUAAGUGCUCUUUGGAAAUAACAUUUUGUGGCAAAAGAUGUACUUCUGAAGCUGAUUUCUAAUACUGAAUAUACAUUUGUCAAAUCUUGUAAUUGAUACAACUGUAUUCACUAAUACUUCAUCCAACUGUUUCUCAGACAGAGGGGUAAACUAGUCACCAGUAGACUAAGAACAGGUUUAAAAAUAAGCAUAAAAACUUCCCACCUGUCUAGCAUAAGCUUUCUCCAAUUCUGUUGAUAUGGUUUAGAGAGCUGAAGAACAAUUCUAAAAGAGAACCUGCACAGUAGAACAAGUAAACCUUGAUAAACAGGACACAGUAAAAAACAAACCCUUCACCAUUUAACACAACCUUCUUAUUAUACAGACUUUCUCUUAGAGCACCACUGUUCUUUCUUUUCCAUAUAAAAUCUUGGUAGCAGUCAAAUUCCCUUAAAAUUAGUCAUAUAAUAAGGAAAACAAGAUGUUCUGUAAAAUUGCUGCCAUCCAACAUGCUUCCCUGCCAUCUUAAGAGAUGCUAACAUGUUUCAUCAAAUUUUACACAAAAAACAUUGUGGCACUUGGUCAACAUCCUUUUCUAUAAAGUGGUGUUUAUACACAUCAUCAAUUUUAUUAAACUGAUCUAAAUUUAAUGAGAAGUCCAUGUAUGCUACUUACGCCUAGGAUGAACCUGUUGCUUUUUAAAAGAGGUUUCCAGGUUACAGUUUGUAACAGCAUUAUAAUCUGUACUGCUUUUUCCCCGUACUAAAAUGUUGGUUUGUUUUGUGAGGUAAAAAGUAUUUCAAAAUAUGUAAAUAAGUUAGAAAUCAAACAUAGUUUUUCAUUAAAGAUACAAAAUUUAUGCUUAAGCUUCCAAAGCACAAAUGUGUAUUUUUGUACAUCUCAUUUUAACCCUGCACAGAACAUGAGUUCAAAUUUUAGACUACUCUCAGACUAUUCAGUUAAUAAAUACUAGCUGAACUGCUGAUUUUUAACACCUUGCACUCUAGGCUGCAGGCAAGAGCUUCAAAGCUGUGGCUGCAGUUGAAGAAGCAGUCCACUACUCCUUAAAUGGAAAGGUCUUGAGACAUACCCUUUACCUCUCCUAUGCUGUAUCAUGAACUGAAUCCAGUAAAGGUGAAAAGAAAAAAAAACAACCCAAACCAAACACAUAGAGUUUAGAUUGCUGUGGAAGAAGAGUGACAAUGGCUACUGUCUACUACAGGUAGCUUACAUAAUGUGCCAACUUUUUUUGUAUGUUUUGUACCAAGUUCUGAAACAAAAGGAAACAUUCAUAAAAUGUAAGUGCAGAUAAAUGUAUAUAAGCUAUAUUUUUAUUAGAAUUGUAACAGACCCUUACUUUUGUCAUAGCUAAGGCAGGUCGCUGUGUAUUAAAAUGCUGCAUUGUGUAUAUCUGAAGAAUGGUGUUUCUGGUGAAGUAUGUUUAUUCAUUCUUUCUUAUUAUCUAUUGCAAUAUUCUUCAAUGAAUUUUUAGUCACAUAAGUUGAAUCUGGUUUUUAUAUUGUAAACUGUUUGCUUUUACCAUUCCUUUGUUUAGAACUAGUGUUCUCAGUGGCUGUAUCUUAAGUAUUCUGAUGACUAAACACUCACUGCAGCUUGCAUGAGAGGAAGGGAUUUCAGAAGAUUUAAAGCUUUGUUAUCUUAAUUUGUUAAAUACAGCAACACUAAAACCACACCCACGUAAAACAUUCAUUAUUUUUGUCACACUUCUGUCACAAGGAAGAAAAUGGCAAUGGUGGAAGGAACAUAAGAAUUAAAAUUCAGCCUCAGUUCUGGUUCACAA